UACUUUUUCCGGUACCCGGUACCCAUGAGUCAGUUGGGGGAGGGAAGGUCUCACUCUGGCCGAUAGUUCUGUGACCUGAGUCUGUCUAAUGGGUGAAUUCUCCUGGAAGAUGAAACACUGCAGAUUUCUGGCUGGCUUGAUACUGGCUGCCCUUCUCUCCCAAGUGAGCCCCUUCGAGAUAUCCGUGGAGGAAAUUGAGGAUAGAGUGGUUUUGACUUGCAAUACCGGCAUCACAUUGCUAGAGGGAACGAAUGGAACAUGGUACAAUGGAAGUCUGAACUUGGGAAAACGUAUCCUAGACCCACGAGGAGUGUAUUCUUGCGACAAGGCAGAUGAAAAAGCCAAAAGAUCUAUUGUGCAAGUAUAUUAUCGAAUGUGCCAGAACUGUGUGGAGCUGGACUCAGCAACCCUGGCUGGCAUUGUUAUCACUGACAUCAUUGCCACUCUGCUCCUUGCUUUGGGAGUCUACUGCUUUGCUGGACAUGAGACUGGAAGGCUCCCUAGGGCUGCUAAUGCUCAAGCUCUGUUGAGGAAUGACCAGCUCUAUCAGCCCCUUCGAGAUCGGAAUGAUGCUCAGUACAGUCGUCUUGGUGAAAACUGGCCUCGGAACAAGUGAACCUGAGACUGGUGGCUUAUAGGAGUAUCAGUUAUUGCCUGUACCUUCUCUCCUUGCUCAGCCAAUAAAGAUGUCCUCUUUCACUCA